GCUCUGCGCCGUGACUGAACUCGCGUGCUCUCCCGCGCCAGUUGUGGGCUUGUAGCUGAGAUUUUUACUACUCUUGGAUGCCACUCCAAUAUGGAGAAGAUUGGGGAUCAAUUUGCUAAUCUGAACAUUGUUCAGCGUUCCUCAGGAACUGAAGAGCCUACUUACCUGCUUGGCAUAGACACAUCCAAGACUGUACAAACAGAAAAAGAAAACUUGGUUGCUGUUUUAUGUUCGAAUGGAAUAAUCAGAAUAUAUGAUAAAGAAAGGUUAAACAUAAUACGAGAAUUUAAUGGAUAUCCUGGAUUUCUUAAUGGAGUCAAAUUUGCAAAUUCUUGUGACAUUGUAUAUUCAUCAUGUACAGAUAGCACUGUAAAAUGCUGGGAUGCUCGAUUAGCCAGUGAAAAGCCUGUCCAGCUGUUCAAGGGUUAUCCUUCCAAUAUUUUUAUCAGUUUUGAUAUCAACUGUAAUGAUCAUGUCCUUUGUGCUGGUACAGAAAAAGUUGAUGAUGAUGCAUUGUUGGUAUUUUGGGAUGCAAGAAUUAAUUCUCAAGAUUUGUCUACUACUAAAGACCCUCUUGGUGCAUACUCAGAAACACAUAGUGAUGAUAUCACUCAAGUAUGUUUCCAUCCCAGCAAUCCCAACAUGGUAGUCUCAGGUUCAACAGAUGGCUUGGUAAAUGUAUUUGAUAUUAGUGUUAAUAAUGAAGAAGAUGCACUGGUUACAACUUGUAACUCAGUUUCAUCAGUUAGCUGUAUUGGUUGGUCUGGGAAAGAUUAUAAACAGAUAUACUGCAUGACACAUGAUGAAGGAUUUUGUUGGUGGGAUCUUAAUCAUCUGGAUACUGAUGAACCAAUUACACGUUUGAACAUCCAGGAUGUUAGAGAAGUGAUGAAUUUGAAAGGAGGUGUUUUGGAUUAUUUGAUUGGUGGCCUAUAUCAUGAAAAGAUGGACAAAUUAUUUAUUGUUGGAGGAACAAACACAGGAAUUAUUCACUUAAUGAGCUGUACUACAUCAGGAUUGAUCCAUGUGACCAGCCUUCAGGAAGGUCAUACUGCUACAGUUCGUUCUUUCUAUUGGAAUAUGCAGGAUGAUUCUUUGCUAACUGGAGGAGAAGAUGCACAGUUGUUACUUUGGAAACCUGGAGCAAUAGAGAAGAUAUUCACAAAGAAAGACAACUUGAAAAUAGCAUCCUCUGUGUACCAGCGAGUUCGAACUCACAGUAAUGAUUCUUAUAAGAGAAGGAAAAAGUAGUGAUAUUACAUUGGGAGUUUACUUGAUAGCUUUUAUAGUUGAAAAUAAUUAUGUUUCUGUACUACCUGUAGAAGACAUGUUUAAAGCUCAUAUGUAAAAACAAGCCAGUUAGCAAACAGUCCUGGGAAAAUGUUGAAGAUGGUUUAAUUCAGUCUUCACAUAUUCUAAAAUUAUUUUUUUAAAGUACCAGUUGAGUACAUAAUCACUGAAUUGAAAGUAAAAUUAGUUUCCUCAUUUAAAAAACCCAUCUGUUGAGUUAGUAAAUGUUGAGCUUUAAAAAAUAGCUUUGAUAAGGACUUUUAGAAGUAGAUGGUUGGAGUGACUUAAAAAAACAGGUGGUUUGGGUUGUUUUUUUAGCUCAAUUUUUUACAUUUAA